UCCCAUUUCCAAGGUGAAGACAAUGAGGUACGGAGAAGUUAAGUAACUUGCCCAACAUCACAGCAGAUGUGCCUGCAGAAGCUGAAGGUCUGGUUGGCCAGAUGUUUCAGGUGCUUGCUCGGGGCUGAAGGUGGUGGUGCCAUCACAUACCGUCCAUGGCAUCAGAGGUCAAGCCCUCUACCUCCCUGUGCACUAUGGAUUCCACACUCCAGCAUCAGACAUCCAGAUCAUAUGGCUGUUUGAGAGACACCACACGAUGCCCAAAUACUUACUGGGCUCUGUGAACAAGUCUGUGGUUCCCGACUUGGAAUAUCAACACAAGUUCACCAUGAUGCCACCCAAUGCCUCUCUGCUCAUCAACCCACUGCAAUUCACUGAUGAAGGCAAUUACAUCGUGAAAGUCAACAUUCAGGGGAAUGGAACUCUCUCAGCUAGUCAGAAGAUACAAGUCACUGUUGAUGACCCUGUCACAAAACCCACGGUACAGAUUCAGCCUUCCUCGGGGGCUGUGGAGUAUGUGGGGAACGUGACCCUGACAUGCCUCGUGGAAAAAGGCACCCGGAUGGCUUACCAGUGGCUCAAAAAUGGGAGACCUGUCCGUUCCAGCUCCACCAACUCCCUUUCUCCCCAAAACAACAUUCUUCAUAUUGCUCCAGUGACCAAAGAAGACAUUGGGAAUUACAGUUGCCUGGUGACGAACCCUGUCAGUGAGAUAGCAAGUGACAGCAUUAUGCCCACCAUAUAUUAUGGACCUUAUGGUCUUCGAGUUAAUUCUGAUAAAGGACUAAAAGUAGGGGAAGUAUUUACUGUUGACAUUGGAGAAGCCAUCUUGUUUGAUUGUUCUGCUGAUUCAUACCCUCCCAACACCUACUCCUGGAUCCAGAGAACUGACAAUACAACAUAUGUCAUUAAGCAUGGGCCUCGCUUGGAAGUUGCGUCUGAGAAAGUAGCCCAAAAGACAACUGACUAUGUGUGCUGUGCUUACAACAACGUAACUGGAAGGCAAGAUGAAACUCGUUUCACAGUCAUCAUCACUUCUGUAGGACUGGAGAAGCUUGCACAGAAAGGGAAGUCACUGUCCCCUUUAGCAAGUAUAACUGGAAUAUCACUCUUUUUGAUUAUAUCCAUGUGCCUUCUUCUCCUAUGGAAAAAAUAUCAACCCUACAAAGUUAUAAAACAGAAGCUAGAAGGCAGACCAGAAACAGAAUACAGAAAAGCACGAACAUUUUCAGGCCACGAAGAUGCUCUGGAUGACUUCGGAAUAUAUGAAUUUGUUGCUUUUCCAGAUGCUUCUGGUGUUCCCAGGAUGCCCAGUAGGUCUGUUCCAGCCUCUGAUGGGGUACCAGGGCAAGAUUUGCACAAUACAAUUUAUGAAGUUAUUCAGCACAUCCCUGCCCAACAGCAAGACCAUCUAGAGUGAGCACUCAAGGCCAGCGGUGCACUGGAGUGAAAUAAGGAAGGAACAUUUUGAGGAAAAACAGUGGAAAUAUAUAUUCAUGCGCAAUCAGUGAAGAAAUCAAGGCAAAUAUAUCUUGUUCCUUACAGAUCCUUUUAAAAAAUAGGACUUCGGGUUUCCCACCACACACAGAACGCAUUGUGCUACAGGGGACUGUGGCUGGGAAAUGGAGCCUUCAUCGUGCUGACGGAAAGAAAAGGCUGGGACUUUCUAAUGUGUCUUUUUGUAUCAAGUUUCUCUAAAAAGCUCAAUUGGUACUAACCUAUACGUUCACUUUUCAUCAACAUUGAUAUUAUCGCAUCUAACCUACACA